CUAGUAGCUCGGGCACGUACUAUGUCCUCCUGACGCAACACAUCUACCCAAGGCGGGGGUCGCUGGCGGAAGGGAAAGGCAAUUCUGAAAGCUGCUUGAGAUCCUCUUUAACUGGAGAAAUCAGGGAUGUUGCUUUUGCACACCUGUUCCCAUGACGAUCAGGUGGCAAACACUCUUCAACCCCGGCAGAUAACUACUAUUUGGCUCGAAGGAGGACCCUUCAAGUGGUGGUUAGUUCGUUGCUGACAGAGGCUGGGUUUGAGAGCUCUGAGAAGGCUGCUGUGGAGACCAUGACAGAGAUGCUCCAGAGCUACAUUUCAGAAAUUGGGAGGAGUGCCAAAUCUUUCUGUGAACAUACUGCGAGGACUCAGCCGACCCUUUCAGAUAUUGUCGUCACCUUAGUUGAAAUGGGCUUUAAUGUGGAAACACUCCCUGCAUACGCCAAACGGUCCCAGCGGAUGGUGAUCACUGCCCCACCUGUAACAAAUCAGCCCGUGACUCCAAAAGCCCUGACGGCCGGACAGAACAAGCCUCACCCAUCCCAUAUCCCUGGUCACUUCCCAGAGUUUCCGGAUCCUCACACUUACAUCAAGACACCAACGUACCGGGAGCCUGUGUCGGAUUAUCAGAUCCUGCGGGAAAAGGCUGCUUCUCAGAGACGGGAUGUUGAAAGAGCUCUGACACGCUUCAUGGCAAAGACAGGAGAGACACAAAGUCUUUUCAAGGAUGAUGUCAGCACCUUCCCUUUGAUAGCCGCCAGGCCUUUUUCAAUACCCUACCUGACAGCUCUGCUUCCUUCUGAAUUGGAGAUGCAGCAGAUGGAGGAGACGGAUUCAUCCGAACAAGAUGAUCAGACAGACACAGAGAACCUCCCCUUGCACGUGAGCACGGAUGACCCGGGAGCUGAGAAGGAGAAUGCAUCGGUAUUACAGCACAACACCUCGCUUUCCGGCAGCCGGAAUGGAGAUGAGAACUUGAUAGACAAUCCCUAUCUUCGCCCAGUGAAGAAGCCCAAAAUCCGUAGGAAGAAGUGAACUGUGGCAAGAUGAUGGGUGGGAUAGGAGGAAGCUUUUGGACCUCCUGUGGUCCUUGCAACUGCUGAGAUGUGGCAUGGGAAAGGCAGAAAGAUUCUGGUGGUUGAGGGACAAAUGGAAAAGCAGUCUCUUUGGUUCAGGUCCUUUUCUCCCCAACAGUUUGUUAUAUAACUUAAGGUGAAGUCUGAAAUGCUCACCUAGAAACAUGGAAAUCUAUCUGUCUCUUCCAGGGAACAGCAUGCUGCAGCUUGCAGUACCUACAGCAUCUCUUGCCAUCCUCAAGUGUACCUUCUUUUUUUGAGGACUGCAGACAGAUUAGCAGGAAAUGCAAAAUACUUCCUCACCUUUUGCCAGGUCUCCUGGAUCUUCAGAAGGAGAAUCAUCUCUCAUCUCUGCUUGCCUUUCAUAUGUGCUACUCAUCCUGGGAUUCAUGCCACAUCACAUUGCUAAAUAUGACAUGUUUGGAUGAGGGGUAGCCAAGGGCAUCAGCUGGAAUAUUCACUGUUGUGCCUUUGCAAAAGACAAAGCCGUUCAGAACCACACAAUUUCUAAAGUCUCUGUGUGCUUGGAGCUGAGGGUUUGGUCUGAUCUUAUCUCUGGUUUGAAUUGUUGGGAGAGCUGAGCAGAGAAAUUUGAUGGUGGCAGAGCAAGAAGAGAAACAUCCCAGCAGAUCUGCAAUGCUUGACAGCACAAGACAACUCACUUUUUACAAGUGCAUGUUGAUUGCGGAUCUUGUUUUACCUGGAUGAGAGAGUUCUUUGUUUAGAAUCAUAUUGCCUGUGCAUUGGCUCAAAGUCUUAGAUUUAUAUUCUCCUUAGCCACACAGCAGCAGUUUUUCUACCAUCCUCUUGUCUCCAAGCAACGUUGACAAAGGCUGUAUCUCUGUCCGUGAUAGGAGACACGGGAAAAAUGCCACCCAGAAUGCAAUUAUAAGCUGUCCACCCUGCUUGAUGUUGAUGGCUGGGUGUGUGGGUGGGUGUGUUAGGAAUGUGCAUGGUUGCCUCUACUUCAGUCUGCCGUCAGCAGAGAGAAGCGAGAAACUACUCUCUUCCCCCAACACCUUCCACCCUGGCCAGCAUGUGCCAGCAAGGCCUGGGAUGUAGCAGUAGACUCACUGCAUCACUCGCUGACUCCAUCUUCAAGUGUCCCUUGCUAUUUGUAUUAUAUGCCUAUCAGUACACUUUCCUAAAAUAUUUGAUUGAAAAGGAAAAAAGAAAAAGACCACACCUUGCUUUUUCUUCUCCAAAGUUUCUGAUUACCUUUUGGGAAUUUAGUUUUAUAUCAUCCGCUUCUGGAAGGAAAUAAAGAACAGUGAGAUUGCCUAAAGAAACCUGGUUCAGAUGUCACAUCUUGAUUAUCCAGGCUAUGGUUUGGAGAGUUGAGAAUAUACUGCAGCUCUUACUCUCAGUCUUAACCCUUCAGGUGUCUCUUAUUUCUUUGUUUCCUCUAACCAUUGUUUGACAUGAUGUCUCAGUCAGGUAGACUGUGGUUAGCACUAACCUCCAAAACAUGAUUUGAAACAGUUGUUUGGAUGCACUCCUGGUUAGCUAUAGCAGUUGUUUGGAAGAUAGUCUUAAUUGGUUUGUGCUAGUUGGGUUGUGCUAGUUGGUCUCUGGUGAUAACUUUACUAUUCUGUUUGGUGAGUAACAAUUCAAAUUAGCAUCAAUCCACUUUAACCACAGCAACACUAAUAAGAAGGGCUUCCAAAAUGUGAUGCUGAACACGAACUGCAAAUUAUGCCAUGUAAAAGCAGAAUUGUGCUGUAGCUUUGUAGGUUCACAAUGGGCCCGUUUGGAAAUACUCGGAGCUCAGUUAAUAUCCUGUUAUGAUUUGUUUGCAGCACCUCUCUAGUGCAAGUGCAAAUUACAGCAGCUGCUCUCUAAAUCUCUGUAUACAUCUGCUCUGCAUUGCUCAUACCUGUGGAAAAUACUGGUUUAAUAGCACUAUCUCUUCAUCUACCCAGUUAAGUUAGCUGGUAACAAAAUCCUUUAGAUUCCUCUUCACCUAUUCCUCUGCUGAUUUGCCAGAUAAUUCACUGCUCUUCUAGCUCAUUAAGAGACAUUAGAAAGUCAUGGUGCCCUUUAAAUGUGUAGAGUUGCCCCAAAUGAUCAGCUAUUUUCCUCUAGGUCCUUUUAGUUGUUGGACUAGAGUGUUCACCAUCUCUGACCACUGGCCAUGAUGGCUGGGGCUGAUGGGAGUUGGAAUCCCAGCAGUAUGUGGAGGGCUCCCCACGACUCUGUAGGUGCAGAGUCAGCAAAAGGAAGGCUCCAGCAUUAAAGAACUGGUUGGUGUGGAAGGGAAAUAAACUUAGCAGAGUUUCUUUUCAAAAUAUCCCAAGAGCUUGCACUUAUUAAACAGUCUUUUUUGCUAUAGCCUUCAUUCCGUAAUAUCCAAGCAGCUUUUAUUGAUAUCUCAUUCCCUUUCCUUCAGUGUAGCCUGUGAGCCUAAAUGGAUUCACAGAUUUUGGCGAGUGCAACAUUUGCUGUCUGUUGGUGCUGUGAAUCUUUCUAUUGCUGGGAUGAACAAACUCUGGUGCUCCAGAUAUUGGACCCCCAACUUCCAUCAGCCUUAUGGUGAGGAAUGAUGAGUGUUGUAGUCCAAAAACAUUGAGGACCACAGGUUCUAGAAGAUAAGCUGCAUUGCUUUCCCCUGGCAUUAAAAAAAAAAAGGAAAGGAAAGUCUUUCACAUAUCAAAUUCUUCUGUCCAUGGAGAUCUUGGGGAAAAACUGUUGUUAUCCAUUUUCAUUUGCCAAAAAACUUUCACUGUCAAUCCUGCUGAUAUACUUGUAUGUACAAAUGUAAAUAAAGACAGUUGUAUAUUUAUACAUUUAUAUAUUUUUGGUCACUGGUUAGGUUUUGGGGCGAUUUAAAAUGUUAGCCAAAUAUACACAAAUAGUGAAAAUAGUUUAUUUUUUCAGUUCAUAAUAAAAUGGUGCCUGCAUAAGCCAAA